UCUCUCUCUCUGGCUCUCUCUGGGGGCUUCUUUCGGGAGCCCCUCACCCACCUCCCGGAGGCUGCACAGAGGCGAAGGGCGAGAACAUGAGGAUGGACCUUUUCGAAUCCGGCUCCUAUUUCUUCUACUUGGACGGCGACAAUGGAGCCCUGCAGCCCCUGGACAUGGCCGAGGGCUCGCCGCUCUACCCGGGCAGCGACGGCAGCACCCUGUCGCCCGCUUCGUGCCAGGACGCGCUGGGCCCGGAGGCCGGAGGGGGCGUCGGUAGCGACAGCAGCAGCGGCGCCGGCAGCGGCGAGGAGCAGCACGUGCUGGCCCCGCCGGGCCUCCUCCAAGCGCCUCACUGCCCGGGCCAGUGCCUCAUCUGGGCCUGCAAGACGUGCAAGAGGAAAUCGGCGCCCACCGACCGGCGCAAGGCGGCCACGUUGCGCGAGAGGCGGCGCCUCAAGAAGAUCAACGAGGCCUUCGAGGCCCUCAAGAGGCGGACGGUAGCCAACCCCAACCAGCGGCUGCCCAAGGUGGAGAUCCUGCGCAGCGCCAUCAGCUACAUCGAGAGGCUCCAGGAUCUCCUCCACCGGCUCGACCAGCAGGACAAAAGCCAGGAGCUGCUCCUGAGCGCCGGCGAUGCCUUCAGCUUCAGCAACCGCAAGCAGGGAAACAUGCCCACGCCCGACUUCCUAAGCAGCUGCGGCGCCGACUGGCCGAGCGGCUCUGAGCAUUCAAGGGCGCUGCCGAUCGGCGCCAAGGAAGGAGGUCCCCUCGUUGACUCUUCCGCAUCCAGCAGCCUCCGUUGCCUCUCUUCUAUCGUGGACAGUAUCUCUUCAGAAGACCGCAAAGUCCCCAACAGGGAGGAAGUGGUGGAAAAGUAGCGAUCCAGAUCCGGUAGUAUUUUUGGAAACAGACAGCGCAUGGAACUGUCUAUCCUCUUCGCCCUUUAAACUAAAUCACGAAUUAAUUUAAUCUUCUGGAAAUCUUAUAUGAGAGUGGGGAGGCGUUGGGAAAAGGCACACAGCUGAUCAAAUAAAAAUGCAUCAUCUUAAAAGGAAAUUUUGCCUUCCAGUAAAGUGCACAGUCCCAUCCAGUCCCCCCCCCCCGCCCCAUUUCAAUGGUGUUUUUAUUUUAAUCUAACAUGGCUCUUCCUCUACUUUUAUAAUUAAUAUAUUGCAUUGUGGAUUAGUGAGCAUCUUCUUUGUAUAAUACAAAGCUCAUUCCUGUUUGAAGGAAGCUCCUGGUUGCAUUUUAUUAUUAUUAAUUAUUAUUUUAAAAAGUUCCUGAGAUUUAGAUUUUGUGUUUGUGUGUGUGGGUUUUUUGUACAUAAUUUUAGUACUGUUUUUUUAAAAAAACAAAACAAAACAAAAUAAAUAUCUAUUUAAAAUGUGGAUGUGAUCUUGUAUAUAAGGUGAACUAGAUAAGUUUCCAAGCUUGUAAAA